AUGGCUUGUUUAACUCACAACUCAUAUUAUCGUUAUCUAUUUCAUGCUGUUGUUAAUGAACUUCGAAAUGAAAAUCGUAUUCCGGCAUGUAAAUUACGAAAUAUAUCUCGUCAAUGUUGUACAUGUAACAAUUUUGACAAUCAAGCAUUAACAACAGUUGUUAUUGAUGACGAAAAUAAAUUGAUCAGUUUAGAAAAUCUUAUUGAUCAAAUAGAUCGAGAUGAAAGAUCCGAUCCAAAACUUAUUUUAUCAUUAAAUCGAUUAAAAAAUUUUAUAAAAGAAUAUCGAAUUUUAGAUACAAAUAUAUUAUCAACAUCAACAGUUGAUAAUGAAAUUACUCAUGAAACUAAAUCAAAGUCCGAAGAUUCUAAAAUGGAUAUUGGUUCUCCAUUAUGUACAGAUAAAACUAAACUAACAAAACCACUUAAAAGUGGAAAAUUUCUUUUUUUACCAUAUAAAUUUGAAAACAAAUCAAACACUGAUGCAUCACUUGAAGUUGCAAAAAAACUGCAACGUGGCCGAUUUAUUGGUCAUAAUGGUUAUAUUGCAUCAUUAGAAAAGCAACAUAAUGUUUGUAUUAAUAUGAUAACACCGAAAACAACUACACAAGUUAAAAGAACACUUGAGAGUGCAAAAGUUGGAAUCGGAAAUGUGUCCAUUCAUAAUAGAACAGAUCUAUCAGAGAUAGAAAAUGGUGAAUGGAUAUUAGUUCGACAAAAGAAAAAAAAUAGAGAUAAAUCAAAUACAGUUGAUUUUGAAACAUUAUUAGAUGAUUUAAUAGAUCGAUGGUCAAUAUUUUUGACAAUACGAAAGCGAAAAUUUGACGAAGAAAGUGAUGAAGAAAAUGAAGAGCAUGCAA